CUGAAUAAAAACGAAGGCGCACAGUUUGAGUUGGUUUAUGCGCACAGGUCCCAGGCACUGCGGGGAGAGGAAUGACAUGGUGCUGCUCUGAUUAGCAUAACAUAAUUCCAAUAUGGGCAACAACAAUAAAAAGGUUCCAACAAGCAUCCCUGAUGUUUCACAAUCUAUAGAAACAACAAUACAUAGAGAGGCCUCAGGAUUUGGACUUAAUCUUAUCCAGAAUGGAAAUUAUGUUCAGAUCCUGUCCAUUGAUGAAAAUGCAGCCUUAGCAAAGAGUGGGUUCCUCGAGGCAGGGGAUAUUCUGGCUGCUGUUAAUGAUGUAAAUAUCAUGCACCUAACUUUAGAGGAGGUGAAAGGAUUUUUUUGUGUUGCCACUGGUUCUGCAGUGAAGAUUAAAGCAUAUAGAGAUGUCAUUGAACUGCCUUGUGUUAAUUUUGGAAAACUUACUUGUUGUCGAAAGAAAAAGAAAAUAACAGGGUUUCAGUGCUUUACCUAUAUACAAAAAAAGACCAAAUAAAGCAAAUCUGGCUACCUUAUUGAGCUGUCAACAGAGCGACCUGAUAUCUGAUAGACAACUGAACACAUGGACUUUUCUUUGUUAAUCCUGUAUGUGGGUCCUACCUACAGAGAAGAGGCAUUAUCAGACCUUCCAACAAUUUCACUCUGGAGAACCACAUAAAUAAACCAGUCAUCAUUUUA